GAACUGAAAUGCAGAAGAAGUCGACAUUGCCACUGAGCGACGCGAAUGCGAACAGAAAGAGGAAGGAAGUGCGCAGCAAGGAAACAUUGGUGAAGCUUCUAAGAUGGCAUUUUGGGUACCCUGAUUUUAGGGGCAUGCAAUUGGACGCUAUUCAGUCGGUGCUUUCAGGAAAGGAUUGUUUUUGUCUUAUGCCGACUGGGGGAGGCAAGUCAAUGUGUUAUCAGAUCCCUGCAUUGGCAAAACCAGGAAUUGUGCUCGUUGUAUCUCCUUUAAUAGCCUUAAUGUUAGGAAAACCAAGUAAUGGCACUGAAAGAGAAAGGGAUUGCAGCAGAUUUUCUCUCCUCAACAAAAACAGCGGAUGCUAAAGUAAAGGUGAGUAAGUUGUUAAAAUGCUGACUUUUUAUGAUAGGCAAUCUGAUGCACGAUAAUCAAACAUAGUGGGGUCUGGUUUAGAUGUAAGCUGUCUCGCCUUGGAAGCAGUGCAGUGUGACUGAUACUAGGAUUUCAAUCAUGACUGAUUCUAUCACCUUAAAAGGAAGUAACUUUAUUAUUGCAUCAAGGCUCAUCGCUAUCUUUACUGUAAUAAUAUAUCUACACAUAUCGAAGUGAAACAGAAGUGUAAGUAAUGUAACAAUUACAAUAAUCUCAAUGAUAUUUUCCAGAUCGUGGAGUUGUUUACAUUGCAAUUAGUUUGGUACAUCUAUUUAACAUGAAUAGUGUCUUUGUCUGUAUAUAAAUGUAUUUUUUGUUCGGGGAAAGGGAAAGAAUCCAUGCCAAAUUAAUAUAUAUGCAUGUGUAAUAACUUUAGCCCCUUUAACGUAAAGAGAUAUUGAUAAGUAUCCAAACACUUG